CAUUCAGAAAGUACUGGUGGUGAUCAACAAGCCUGUUGGUUGGCUGAUGUGGGACACAUUACCAACUUUUCAUCACAAUCCCAAGGAGUUGGAGUGUUGUUGUUGGACUUCCUUCAAAACUUGCUGUUUGUUAGUCCAGACUUGGCUGCAAAGAUUAUUAUUUGGUCUAUGGAAGAGGAUGUGGAUGAAGCAAUCUGAAUGCUGUGAACAGAACAACCUCUGAAACUGCUCAGCACAGUAUCCACCAGUGGAACAGAAAGAUCUAGAUAUAUCUGGGGAAACAAACAAACAUUGGACUGCAAUAGCUACAACACUAUUCUAGACUCCAGUUUCUCCCGCCAUCUGAGAUACACAGUAGGGUUCUUCCUGCCUGUCCACGAUACCAACACUUGCGAUGUCACUGAUGGGAAGCCUGGGCACAAUCUCUGCUACCGAAGGGCUCAUUGCCAUUGCUGUCUUCUGCCUGAUCUUUAUGGUCCUUAAAUUCUUCUGGGUGCAGACACCCCAGGGCCUCAAGAGACUCCCAGGGCCAAUGGGCUACCCAUUGAUUGGCAGCAUGUUGGAGGUGGGGAAGAAUCCACACUUGAGUUUGACACAGAUGAGCCAGAAAUAUGGGGAAGUGAUGAAGAUCCAUAUUGGCACCACGUCAGUGUUGGUGCUAAGCGGCCUUGAGACCAUCAAACAAGCCUUGGUGAGGCAAGGAGGAGACUUCAUGGGCCGCCCUGAUCUCUACACCUCACGUUUCAUAUCAGGGGGCCAGAGUGUGGGUUUCAGUCCUGACUGCGGAGAGGAGUGGUGGUCCCGCAGAAAACUGGCCCAGAACGCCUUGAAAAGCUUCGCUGCCUCUAUCAGUCCUGCAACCUCCUCCACUUUCCUCUUGGAAGAGCACGUCUCCCAAGAGGCUGACCACCUGGUGAUGAAGUUGCAAGAGGUGAUGCUGGAGAAGAAAAGCUUUGACCCCUAUCGGUACCUUGCGGUCUCUGUGGCAAAUGUCAUUUGCGCCAUGUGUUUUGGCAAGCGCUACAGCCACGAUGACCAGGAACUACUCAGCAUUGUGGACACGACCGAAGAGUUUGUGGAAGUUGCAGCCUCUGGCAACCCGGCCGAUUUUAUCCCUGUGCUUCAAUAUUUCCCAAGUAACAGCAUGAAGAAAUUUAAGGCAAUUAACCAACGAUUCAACACUUUUGUGAAGAAAAUUGUCAAACAGCACUAUGCAAGUUUCAGUAAGGACCACAUCCGAGACAUCACGGACUCCUUUAUUGACCAAAGUCAAGAAAAUGCUAAGCUUCAGCUCCAGUCUGAUCAAAUAGUGAACCUUAUCAAUGACCUUUUUGGGGCAGGGUUUGACACAGUGACCACAGCCCUGUCCUGGUGUCUCAUGUAUCUUGUUGUUUAUCCAGAAAUCCAGAAGAAGAUUCAGGAAGAAAUAGAUGAGAGCAUUGGCGGAGAGCGCAAGCCACGGUUGUCAGACCGGCCCUUGUUGCCUUACACCGAAGCCUUUAUCCUAGAAAUGUUCAGGCACUCCUCCUUCCUGCCCUUCACAAUCCCCCACUGUACAACCAGAGACACUGUCUUGAAUGGCUACUACAUCCCUAAGGGCCUCUGUGUCUUUGUCAACCAGUGGCAAGUCAAUCAUGAUGAGAAUCUUUGGAAGGACCCUUCCUCCUUCAAUCCGGAGCGUUUCCUUACUGCCGAUGGGAAAGGCGUAAACAAGGACGAGAGUGAGAAAGUCUUAACGUUUGGCUUGGGAAAGAGAAGGUGCAUUGGAGAGCCAAUUGCCCGUUGGCAGAUCUUCCUCUUCUUGUCCAUUUUGCUCCAACAGCUGCAGUUCAGUGUUUCGGAUGGGGUGAAGGUAGACAUGACUCCUCGCUAUGGUCUAUCAAUGAAGUAUAAGAGAUGCGAACACUUCCAAGUGAAAAGACGUUUCCUGAAUGAGUGAAGACCAAUGAGUGAACUGUAAAGGCGUGUCACUAGUCUGGGGGAAGGGGAUCCGAAUGAUUACACAUGGAUACACACACAUACAUGGGAUGGAAUGAUCUGUCAGUUUAGGUUCUCUCAGUUUCUCAUUUUUCUAAUCUUAAAUCUGGCUCUUCACAUUUCUGCAGCAAUUUAAAAAAAUUCUCAUGAAAAUUCUUCAACAUUUUGGGGUGAAUUUCUCCAUCUUUGUAUGCAGUUCUGAUUAAUGUACACAUUUUUGCAAGCAAUUUAUCCUAAUAUAAUGCAUUUUUGUAUGUUAUUUUCAUCAAUAUACUCAUUUUGCACACUUUCCCCUAACAUAUGCAUUUUUUGGUAAACAUUGCUUUGUUGGAGAACUGUAUCACAAAAUUUGGAUAAGUGUGAAUUUCGAAGGAUGGCUGUGUUUCGGUUCUCUUUUGGAAAGUGCAAAUUUAAUAAAUCCAGCUUUAAAUGUGAA